AUGAGUGGCAAAGAAGACUUAGAAUCACCUUCAAAUUCAUCGUCACUUAAAAAAAUUGAUAUCAGUAAAGGGCCCUUUAAUAUUACUGUAUCCAAUGCGGCAACAAUUAAGGUUGUAAAUACUUUUAUGGAAGAUAAGGAAAAAGAAAAUGAAACUAGACUCACUUCAUUUGUACAUUCUCAAUCUAUAAAAUUAAAAAAAAAAGAAAAGGAAUAUGAAAAGAAGUUAGAUGAAAGGGAAAAAAAUUUACCUGAAGAAAAAGAAAGGGAGUUAAAAGAAAAAGAAGAAGUUAUUGCUGGUUUGCAACAGGAAAAAGUAGAAUUGGUAAAAAGAGUUGAAGAACUCGAACAAAAUUUAUCGAGGGUCCAAAGCAUAAACUCCCAAUUAUCUGCUGAUGUAACUCUUUUACGUUCAACUUUCAAAACAAAUCAAACUGAAAUUGAUACAAAAAUUAAAGAUUUAGAAGAUAGGCUUGCAGCAGAGAAGAAAAGAGAAGGUCUUAAAGCAGCAGCUUAUAAUUAUUCAUCUGAGGUUUCAAAUUAUUACCUCAAACAUUCUUUAUUACCAUUACUUACAACCACUAGUGGGUAUGCUUCAUUUGGUUUUGAAGAAAUUCAAAAUGUGUAUGAAAUAGCAAUGAAAAAUUAUAACGGUCUUAUUGAUGGAGAUCAUCAAGUUUUAUUGAAAAAUUUAAAGACAAUAAUUCCACCACCAAGUUCAAAUCCAUUUACACCGCAAACAAAGAAAAGAGCGCCUGUGGAAAUUCAACCCUUUAAUAAAUAA